CUGUGUACCCUCACCCGCGCCAGGCCACCCCUCAGCUGAAGAUCAGUGCCCCAGAUCCUUUAGCGAGGCGGUAGCUGGAGUCGGGGACAGCAGAAGAGGACCGAGCUAAACUCACCUGGCAUACGGCGAGGAUGGCUCGUCGGCUAUUUUUGGUCAGUCCUGACCAAGGGCCGGUUAACCAGGCAGUUUUCUUCUGCUCUGGGUUGUGAGUUCAGUGUUAAGGAUCGAGCGUGUGCCUGGGCCUGGGUUCUCCAAGUGGUUAAAUAGCUUGCGUGUCCAGAAGGACUCUGAUCGUGAUUCGGUACCCCUGCACCCCCAGUUGGGGUAGGCGGAGCCUGCUGGGGGGUGAUGAUGCUAGCCGGCGGUGGGGACUGAUCUGGCGGUGGCUGUCCUGGCUUCUGCUCUGGCUGUACUCCUAACUUCCUCUGCGACCUUGGAAAGAGCUCAGAUCAGUACUAAGGUCUCAGUUGGAACAGUUUACUGGGGGAGCCACUGUGACCUCCGACGCCACCUCUCCUGCCUGCUGCGUUCCCUGUCACUCCCCGCGCUCAGCCUGACACACUUGAGAGUGGAUGGUACCCGCCAGCUCGUUUGUUCCCUGCUUGUCCACACUAAGGAGAGGCUGCAGUUCCCUGGCAGCCCAGUUCUGCAACGUGAUCCUGGGAGCAGCCUGAGAGCCCAGGAGCUCGCGCUGCUUUUGCACCUCCGGGCCAUUAAUAUCCUGCAGAAGCCGCCUCUGCGUACAUCACCCAGGCCAACUCACGGUCAGGCCUCCCUUGCCGUCCUCUCUCGGGUGAACCUGGUCACCAUGACGCUGCUGCACCCAGCCCUGCCCAGCUGCCUUCUGCUGGCCUUGCUCACCUGCAGCGCUGCUCCCCAGGCACUGGCAAGGUCUGCAGCCCAGCCGCCCGUCAGUGCAGCCUCUUUCCUGGACAACCUCAUGCAGCGCUAUGGUGAGGGCGACAGCCUCACCCUGCCGCAGCUGAAGGCCCUGCUCAACCACCUGGAUGUGGGAGUGGGCCGCGAUAACGUCACCCAGCAUGCACAGGGACACAGGAACCUCUCCACGUGCUUUAGUUCCCAAGACCUCUUCGCUGCCCACAAUUUCAGCAAUGAGUCAAGGAUUGGGAGGAAUGAGUUGCAGGAAUUCUGCCCCACCGUCCUACAGCAGCUGGACUCACGGGCCUGCUCGGCUGAGAACCAGGAGAACGAGGAGAACGAGCAGACGGAGGAGGGGAAGCCGAGCUCCCUGGAAGUGUGGGGAUACGGUCUCCUCUGUGUCACCGUCAUCUCCCUCUGCUCCCUCAUGGGGGCCAGCGUGGUGCCCUUCAUGAAGAAGAUCUUUUACAAGAGGCUGCUGCUCUACUUCAUAGCUCUGGCGAUUGGAACCCUCUACUCCAACGCCCUCUUCCAGCUCAUCCCCGAGGCUUUUGGUUUCAACCCUCUGGAAGACGAUUAUGUUCACAAGUCUGCAGUGGUGUUUGGGGGCUUCUACCUUUUCUUUUUUACAGAGAAGAUCUUGAAGAUGCUUCUUAAGCAGAAGAACGAGCACCAUCACGGACAUAACCACUUCGCUUCGGAGACGCUUCCUUCCAAGAAGGACCAGGAGGAAGGCGUGACGGAGAAGCUGCAGAAUGGGGACCUGGACCACAUGAUUCCUCAGGCCUGCGGCAGUGAGCUAGACAGCAGGAACCCCAGCAUGGACGAGAAGGUCAUUGUGGGCUCACUGUCUGUGCAGGACCUGCAGGCUUCACAGAGCGCCUGCUACUGGCUGAAAGGCGUGCGCUACUCUGACAUCGGCACCCUGGCCUGGAUGAUCACCCUGAGCGAUGGGCUGCACAAUUUCAUCGACGGCCUGGCAAUUGGGGCCUCCUUCACCGUGUCUGUUUUCCAAGGCAUCAGCACCUCGGUGGCCAUCCUGUGCGAGGAGUUCCCGCACGAGCUGGGCGACUUCGUCAUCUUGCUCAACGCCGGGAUGAACAUCCAGCAGGCCCUCUUCUUCAACUUCCUCUCUGCCUGCUGCUGCUACGUGGGCCUGGCCUUCGGCAUCCUGGCAGGCAGCCACUUCUCCCCCAACUGGAUUUUCGCUCUGGCUGGAGGAAUGUUCCUGUAUAUUGCCCUAGCUGAUAUGUUCCCCGAGAUGAACGAGGUCUGCCAGGAGGACGAAAGGAGCGGCAGCACCCUGGUGCCCUUUGUCAUCCAGAACCUGGGCCUCCUGACUGGCUUUACCAUCAUGCUGCUCCUCACCAUGUACUCCGGGCAGAUCCAGAUCGGGUAGGGCCCUGCGGGGCCACUGACGUCGCAAGGCAGGCGCUGGGCUGCCUGUCCCUGCCGGGGACUCGCCACGCACGCGGCACACAGAAGGGGCAGCGCUAGACGCCGCCGUGGACUGUCGCCUGUGUGCGGAUGUUGGCUGUGUCCCAGAAAGCGAGCCGCGCGGUAGCCAUUCUCUAGGUAGUGCCUCGCCCCUCUCCUUGCUCCUUCCUCACGGUCACGCUGGAACCCGAGUGUCGCACACAGGACAAGCCUCUCCCUUUCUCUCUGGUUACUCUGAUCUCCCUCGGAAGCAACACCAUGAGAUUUGGCCUCUUGGACCCUGCAGUGUAAAAACAGCAGCGGUCAUAGCCUGGGUAGAAACCUCAGCAGGUGAACCCUGGGGGCCUGCGAAUCGAAAUUGCAUCCUGGACCUCAAGCUGUCCCUUUUGAUU